AUGAGGGCUGGUGUUGAUAUCUUUGCUCUUGACUAUGAUGCUAUUAUUGCUGCCAUGUAUGCAUUGACUGUUAGUGCCGAGGGAGACUGUUACUUGUGUGUGCCGCCUGACCCAGGUAUAGAGCCCGCUGCCCUGGGUACUAGUGAGUCUGCUCUCUCUGGUAUGGUGCCCCCUGUACUUGCUCCCUCCAGUGCUGUCCCGGCUGUUUGCGAGUCUGCUCUCUCAGGUACAGCACCCACAGAGACUGCUCUCUCAGGUACCGCACCGGCUGAGGCCUGUCACACCUUCACCCUUGACUCAGGUGCUUCCCGCUGUUUCUUUCGUGACAGUACUGAGCUCACACCGCUUCCUGCACCGGUCCCAGUCUCCUUGGCUGACCCCUCUGGGGGCCCAGUCCUUGCCCAGUCCACCACUGUGCUCCCUUGUCCGGCGGUUCCGUCUGGCUCGUUGUCGGGUUUCCACCUCCCCUCGUUCUCGACGAACCUGGUGAGCAACGCUGUCAUCCAGGAUCAGUGGGUUGACACCUUUACCCCUGGAGGACAGCGUGUGACGAUCUGCACGUGCUCCAGGACCGGCCGUCACCUGGCUACGUUUACCCGUCGGCCGGGGUCGAGUCUCUACACACUGACCACUGCGUCUCCUCAGGUUGCUGCUGUCGGUCAGGUGUCCGCGUCAGGUCUGGUGGCCCACGCCUGUGAGUGUCGUUCCCUGUCGCACCAGACUCUUCUCUGGCACCACCGCCUGGGUCACCCCUCCUUGCCACGCCUCCGUGGCAUGCACCGUCGCUGCCUUGUGUCUGGUCUUCCCAGGUCCCUCCCUCCCCUCCCUGCCUCGCCUGCGCCGCCUUGCCUUCCUUGCGUCGAGGGGCGGCAGCGCGCCGCUCCUCACUCCUCCUCGUUCCCCCCGACAGAGGCUCCUCUGCAGACCCUCCACCUGGACGUGUGGGGCCCAGCCCGCGUUCGUGGCCAGGGCGGUGAGCGGUACUUUUUGCUGGUUGUCGACGACUACUCGCGUUACACCACGGUCUUCCCCUUGCGCACCAAGGGUGAGGUCCCUGCUGUUCUGAUCCCUUGGAUCCGCACAGUUCGUCUCCAGCUCCGCCGCCGUUUCCGGACGGAUCUUCCUGUCCUGCGUCUGCACUCUGACAGAGGUGGUGAGUUUUCCUCCGAUCUCUUGAGGACCUUCUGUCAGGCGGAGGGCAUCGAGCAGACCUUCACGCUUCCGGACUCCCCACAGCAGAAUGGGGUUGCUGAGCGCCGCAUUGGCCUGGUCAUGGAGGUCGCUCGUACCUCCUUGGUCCACGCGGCGGCUCCCCAUUUUCUGUGGCCGUUUGCUGUCCGGUACGCCGCGCAUCAGCUCAACCUCUGGCCCCGUGUCUCCUUGCCGGAGACCUCGCCCACACUGCGUUGGACGGGGGAGGUUGGCGAUGCGUCGCGCUUCCGGGUGUGGGGUGCUCGUGCCCUUGUCCGCGAUACGUCCGCGGACAAGCUCUCCUCCCGCACGCUUCCCUGUAUCUUCCUUGGCUUUGUCCCUGACGCGCCGGGCUGGCAGUUUUACCACCCCACCUCGCGCCGGGUCUUCGCCUCUCAGGACGUCACCUUUGACGAGUCGGUCCCUUUUUACCGUCUCUUCCCCUACCGCACUGCCCCCCUCCCUCCCCCGCCGCUUUUCCUUGCUCCUGGUCCCCCUCCGGUAGACCCCCUUCCCCCUCAGGGUCCUGCUCCUUCAGGUGUCUCUCAGGUAGACCCUCCUCCCGUCGCUGAGCCUGUCGAGGUCACAGGUGACUCAGGUGCUGCUGCAGGUGGUGCUGCUGGGAGUGCUGAGCCUGGGGGUGCUGAGCCUGCGGGUGCUGGGCCUGGGAGUGCUGGGACUGCGGGUGCUGGAGCUGAGGGUACUGUGCCUGGGAGUUCGGCGCCUGGGGGUGCUGAGCCUGGGGGUGCUACGACUGGGGGUGCUGAGCCUGCGUGUACGGAGUCUGGGGGUGCCGAGCCUGGGGGUACUGCGCCUGAGGGUACUGAGCCUGGGGGUGCUGCUACUGAGCCUACGGAGCCUGGGGUUGCUGCGUCUGGGGGUGCUCUUCCUGGCGGUACUGGAGCUGCUGGAGCUGACGACGCUGGAGCUGACGGUUCUGGACACGGUGGUCCUGCUGGUUCUGGAGGUGCUGGCGAGGGGAGGUCUGACGCUGCUGGGGCCUCUGGUGCUGACGUCGCCGACUCGGGGGGUGCUGCGGCGGAGGGUGCUGGUCCAGGUGCUUCUGGUGCUCCGGGUGCUGGAGGUGCUGGCGGAGCUCCGCCGUCGCGCCUGUUCUUCGCUCCUCCGUCGCCGUCGGCUUUGCCGCCGCCUGACACGGUGCUUCGCCAGGUUCUUUCCCUCCCGUCUUCCACUGGCCUUCCCCUUCAGCCUGGCUCCCCCCUCCCUGCUCCUGUGCCUUAUAAGGCGCAGCCGGACUCGCUUACGGAGCGUCGUGAGCCUGCGUCUCGUCCUGCCUCGCCGGUUCGCGCUGCUCGCACUGCUCGCACUGGUCCCACUAGCCGUCGUGUCGCGCGUCCGCGUCCUCCUCCUGUUCCUGGCACGCACAUUAUGGCACUUCGUCCUUCCACUGGUCCACAGCGUGUCCCCCUACCGUCUCCUCCUGCGUCUUCUCUUCCUGACGUUCCCGACCCUGAGUCUGACAGUGUUCGUGCUGCCCACCCUACUGUCACGCGUCUUCUCGCCACUGUUGUCACUGACCCGUCGUUUGAGUCUUCUGCUGCGUCUGCCCUGGUCGCUGAGCUUGUCGACUUUGCUGCUGCCUGUCGCCUCGACUACGCCGCCAGUCUUGUUGCUGAGUCUGAGUCUGUCUGUCCUCCGUCCGUCGGGGGUGAGUGUGCUCUUGGCACGGACGUCCUUGAGGACAGGCAGGAGGACUUUGACUCUCUCGCGGCUGCUGUACCUCAUCUCGUGGCCUGGUUGCUUGCCCCUGAGGGAGACCCGGAUGCACUAGACAUCCCCACUCCGCGCACUUACGCAGAGGCGAUCUCGGGUCCCUACUCCUCUCAGUGGCAGACAGCCAUGGACGCAGAGAUGGCAUCCUGGAAGUCCACAGGCACCUACGUCGACGAGGUUCCCCCUCCUGGGGCGAACAUCGUCGAUGGCAUGUGGAUUUUCAGGGUGAAGCGGCCGCCAGGUUCUCCGCCUGUCUUCAAGGCUCGUUACGUUGCUAGAGGCUUCAGUCAGCGUCAGGGGGUCGACUUCUUCCAGACCUUCUCCCCCACCCCGAAGAUGACCACUCUUCGGGUUCUGCUGCACGUUGCUGCUCAGCGUGACUACGAGCUUCACUCUCUUGACUUCAGCACAGCGUUCCUGCAGGGCAGCCUGCACGAGGAGAUCUGGCUGCGCCGCCCACCUGGCUUUACUGGGUCGUUUCCUCCUGGUACCCAGUGGAGCCUCCGCCGGCCAGUCUACGGUCUCCGCCAGGCGCCACGUGAGUGGCACGACACACUGAGGAUUACACUUGCGGCUCUUGGGUUCGCGCCGUCUACUGCUGACCCGUCGCUGUUUCUGCGCACAGACACGUCGCUGCCGCCGUUCUACAUUCUCGUGUACGUCGACGACUUGGUCUUUGCUACUGCUGACACUGAGGCACUCGCUCGUGUGAAGUCGGAGCUGCAGAAGAUUUAG